UGUUUACUUAUAAAUUCGUUGCUAAAUAAUAGAAAAUAAUUGUAAUAAAAUGCUAAAAUCAUUGUUACUAAUAUGUUUAAUAACUUCCCUAGUUGCUGGUGUAGAUCACGACUGUACAAGUUUAUUGAUGGGACAGUUUCUAUGUCCAGAUCCCAGUAAACAUCAAAUUGAUCCAAAAACUCAACAAUUCUACGGUUGUCAACAAACUGGAGUGGCCAAAGUAUGGUGUGUGGCGGCCGACGGUAUAGUUUGUAUGGGUACAAAUAAUAAUACUUUCACCAAAGAAUUACCCUGUAAAUGGACUAAUGGUUAUCAUUUGGACACAGUUUUAUUACUUUCCGUGUUUACUGGCAUGUUUGGUUUAGAUCGUUUCUAUUUGGGUUACUAUGGCAUGGGCUUGCUGAAGGCUUGCACUUUGGGUGGUUUCUUUAUUGGACAACUGGUCGAUAUUAUACUGAUUGCCUUACAAAUUGUUCGACCGGCCGAUGGUUCUCAUUAUAUUAUACCAUAUUAUGGAGCCGGUGUCGAUAUUAUAAGAAGUAAUAAUGAAACAUAUCGAGUGCCUCGGGAUGAUUGGUGAACUAAUGCUUCGAUUAAUCUGUGAAAGAAGAGAAUUAAGGACUGUUCAAUAAAGUUUGAAUAUAUUAAAAUUUAAAAGAAAUAACUGUAAUAUGCGAUUGUGCUGUAAGACACACAAAUAAAAUAUGAGUUGAAAACUGGA